AUGUCGUCCACCUCAUCCCCCUCCACACCCGCCAAGCACAAGCGUCGUUCCACGCACCUCCUAGCCAACCUACCCCAAGCCGAACCAGCCGACGUGCAACAAGACGAUCUCUUCUCCGGCAUCGCUUCCUCCUCCCGUGCUUUCGAUACCGAACGAGGCGUCAAACCCCAAAUGGUAGUCGCAGGCGGAGAAAUAGCUUCCCCUGUCUCUGAUAUGAGAUCUACAGUGCGCAAGGCAGAGAUGAUGGAUGAAGAUAUGGAUGCUGAUGAGAUGCAACCCGACACUCCUCGUAAAGUCAGCAAGAUCGGAGGUGAGAUGAAAAAUGUCAAGCCUGAUACUGCUGCUCUUGUGCAGCCGACUACGCCGAAGAAAGGUAGACCAUCUAAAGCAAUCGCUUUGUCAAGCAAGGACGUGUUGAAGACUCCGACGAAGAAGGAACCUGGUAGUGGUCCGAAUACUCCUAGGACUCCUGAACAUGCUCCUCUUGCUUCUACUUGGUCACCCGACCGCUGGAACGAUCUCAACUUUGCCAUUCUCAAGGUCGUACACGAACACGCAUCCGAAAUCUACGACGCAAGCCCAAGCCUCCUUCCUUGGAAAGUCAAGGGUCGUUUGCUCGUAAAGCUCCGACAACUUUUGAAGGAAGCCUCGGGCGGCGAUGUAGCAAGCAAGCGUUGGGAUACCGAGCUCAAGCCGUUGCGCACUAAGGGUGGAUCGCCGAAAAGGCAGCCUCAGCAGUGA